CUUCUGCUCCAGGAUAUAUCCAGAUGGAACAACUGAGGGACCGUCAGAUGGUCAGACUAUCCACCAAAGUUGGGUGCUCGACUAAUCCGUGAUUGGGACACGCAACCAGCCCACCGUCCUUUGCUAUGGAUGCCCAGAGGUCAGGAGCAAGGGGACUGAAGUGCAACCAGAUGUUGACGCGCAGUCCCUUCAAGUGCUCAGCGAGUCUGCAAUCUCUUACAAGCCUACUGGCGGCCGCUAAGGAAAUCCACUCCAGGAUUGUCACAGUGCGGUGACUUUUGAUUUUUCCACCCACCCUUUCUACUGACCGCUCUGUCACUUGGGCUGUGUGUGUGUGUGUGUGUGUGUGUGUGUGUGUCUGUAUGCGCGUAGCACCGCCGUUUUUGCCACCCCUUUUGCAGAUAGAUACGGGGCAGGGAUGAUGAGCAAGCAAGUGGUCCCCGACCACAAGCUGGCAUCGGUCGCUCCAAUGAUAAACUGCAACGACGUGGAGAGGAAGGACGUGGAGCUGGUGCUGGUGAAGAAACGCAACGGGCUCCAGUGUGCGAACAGUACUAUCGUUAACAGCCCGGCCGACGGCGAGCCGGAGCGCAGGGAGACGUGGGGGAAGAAAGUCGACUUCUUGCUGUCUGUGGUCGGCUUUGCAGUGGACUUGGCCAAUGUGUGGAGAUUCCCUUUUCUCUGCUACAAGAACGGGGGCGGUGCAUUCCUCAUCCCAUACCUGCUGUUUCUACUGAUCGCCGGGAUGCCCCUGUUUUACAUGGAGCUGGCUUUGGGACAGUUUAACCGCGAAGGAGCAGCCACCGUCUGGAAAAUCUGCCCUAUAUUCAAAGGUGUGGGCUAUGCCGUGAUACUGAUAGCCCUUUACGUCGGCUUUUACUAUAACGUCAUCAUAGCUUGGUCUCUGUACUACCUCUUCUCAUCGUUCACCUCUGAUCUACCAUGGGCACACUGCAAUAACUAUUGGAAUAGUAAGAACUGCACUGACCCGAAGCUAUUUAACACCUCCUUGCUGGGAAACGGAACCAAAUAUUCCAAGUAUAAAAUCACGCCAGCGGCAGAGUAUUACGAGCGAGGCGUUCUCAAUCUCCACGAAAGCGCAGGAAUCCAUAACUUGGGCCUACCAAGAUGGCAGCUUAUCCUCUGCUUGCUUGUCGUCAUCAUCAUUCUGUACUUCAGUCUGUGGAAAGGGGUAAAGACUUCAGGAAAGGUGGUGUGGAUCACCGCGACCAUGCCCUACAUGGUGUUGUUCGUCCUAUUGAUCCGGGGAAUCACACUACCGGGGGCAAUGAAUGGCAUCAAGGCCUACCUCAGCAUUGACUUCGAACGCCUGAAGGAAGCUCAGGUCUGGAUCGAUGCAGCAACUCAGAUCUUCUACUCCCUUGGAGCUGGCUUUGGUGUUAUCAUUGCAUUUGCCAGUUAUAACAAAUUUGACAACAACUGCUAUCGAGACGCAAUUUUUACCAGCUCCAUCAACUGCGUGACAAGUUUCUUCUCAGGAUUUGCUAUCUUUUCUGUGUUGGGCUACAUGGCAUACAAGCACGGAGUUGAUAUUUCAGAGGUAGCCACAGAUGGUCCAGGCUUGGUGUUUGUCAUCUAUCCCGAGGCAAUCUCCACGCUCCCAGGUUCAACAUUUUGGGCGAUUAUGUUCUUCAUAAUGCUGCUGACAUUGGGGAUAGACAGUGCAAUGGGUGGCAUGGAGGCGGUGGUCACUGGAAUCACGGACGACUUCAAGAUUUUGAAGAAGCAUCGGAAGCUUUUCACGCUGGUCACUGCAGGCGGAACCUUCCUGGUCGCGCUGCUUUGCAUCACCAACGGGGGGAUUUACGUAUUCACGUUACUCGAUCAAUUUGCAGCAGGAACAGCUAUCCUUUUUGGGGUAUUAAUAGAAGCUAUUGGUGUGUCGUGGUUUUAUGGAGUUGACAGAUUCAGCGAAGACAUCAAACAAAUGACAGGCUUCAAGCCAGGACUCUACUGGAGGCUCUGCUGGAAGUUUGUUAGUCCAGCCUUUUUAUUGUUUGUAAUAAUCGUCAGUAUUGUGAAGUUCAAACCUCUAACCUAUGAUGAAUAUGUAUUCCCAAAUUGGGCAAACCUCGUUGGCUGGGGAGUCGCAGUGUCUUCUAUGUCCCUGGUGCCAAUCUAUGCCAUCUACAAACUCCUCACCGUACGUGGGACUUUAAAAGAGAGAAUAGCUUACUGCAUUACUCCUGAGAAUGAACAUUAUCUUGUGGAGCAAGGAAAAGUGCAACAGUUUAAGCUGAAACAUUGGCUUGCGAUAUGAAGGCUUCCAAAGCAGCUCCAACACACUAUGAGAUGCAAUGAAAAGAAUAAAUUCCUGGUUUUUGAAAGAUUUUUCAAUUCAAUUAGCGUUUCAAAGAUAUUGGAUUCAUUACACGUCAGGUUUGGUGCCAUGCCCUGCCUGCUUUAAUGUGGAUGGCUGGGCAGAGGAGAGUUAUUUAUUUUGUGACGUUUUUCAUGCAUGGAGUGUGACAGACUGCAGUUGCCUAUAUAACAUUAAUUAUACAACACGGAAUAUUAUUUCUUCCUUCAUUAAUGCCGCAUGAAUGCAUUAAAGAAAAAAUCCAUGGGCAUUUGAGAGCAUCCAGCAGCAUUUUUUUUAAACUGUGUUCUUGCCAGCAAAAAUGAAGGCAAGCAAUUUGUAGAUCACUGUUUUCCUUUAUAAAGUAUAUUCCAUCAUUGCAAACUGACAUGAAUAUUGGUUCCUCCAUGACAUAACCACGAGGAUCUCUGUUCAAAGCAGCUUAACUGAAUGUCAUCAGUCAUGUUUCUAACAAUAAACUAAUUUACAGUUUGUUCUGUAUUUGUACACAUGUAAAAUGUAAACCUCUCGGAACAUCGUCUGCUUGUGAUAGAUUCUAGCCUUAAAUUUUCGAAACUACUGCCAAUGUCUCUCAACGCUUUCACUCUGACCAAAUAUUUUGAGUUUAAUCUCCCUCGUUCAUGAUCCUUCACAGGAGAGAGUUUGUUUGGCAAAGUUCAUUGUGAGAACGCUAACUCAUGUGUUCGACAUUGCUGUGAUUUAAGUCAAUGCUGACUGUGCGGAUGCCUCCACAAUGAUGGUUUUCUAAGGUUUGUUUUGUUUAGUUAUAGAGAUUCAGCAUGGAAACAGGCCCUGCGGCCUGCCGAGACCAUGCCGACCACCAAAAUACUCGUUCCACAUGCCCCCACUUUCUCAUCCACCCCCCACACACUAGGGACCAUUUACAGAGGGCCGGUUAACCCACAAAGCCGCACGUCUUUGGAGAUAUGGGGGGAAACCGGGGCACCCGGAGGAACCACAGGGAGAUCGUGCCAACUCCACACAGACAGCACCAGAGGUCAGGAUCGAACCUGGGCCUCUGGCACUGUGAGGCAGCAGCUCUACCAGCUGCUCCAUUGUGCUGCCCUGUUUGUGGUCCGCAUAUGUUAUGUAUUCAUCAAUAAGUUUUCUAAAGAAGAAAUUUCACCUUCUUAUUUCUAAGCAAAGAUGGAAAUCUUGUAAAUCCACCUGUGCAGCCAUUUUAAAGACUUCCGCUUUCAAACCUGUCUCAUUUAUCCCAAUUUAACAUGCUGUUUUCUAUACACAAACAUGUGCCGCGAUUGUCACAUGGUUAGCUGCUAGUCUUUGUCUUUGGUGAAUUCUGCUUAAGAAAUGUAGUGCCUAUUACAUUCCACAAUUGCAAAAGCAUAUCGACAAAAUUAGGAGAAGUGAUUUUUCGCCAUUAAUUCGUCAGGUUUAGUAAA